AUGGCGCGCCGAUCAGCGAGGCUUCAGAAGCCUGCGCCUACACCUGAUAGGACUGUACGGGCCGGAUCAAAUGACAGCUGGGAGACCGCUCAAUCUGAGCAAGAGCAGUUGCAGCUUCUUGAGCUUCCUUCAGUGCGUGAGCUUCCAGAGCCUGCUGUGAGGACCCCGCAGAAGCCCGCUGCAGACGCGCCCAAGUCUACAUCGAAGCUGCCCGCAGCGAAGACCGCUGGAGCGCAGACGCCUUUGAGCAAGAGUACAUCCUCGAAGCUACUGGCCGCAGCCUCCUCAGUGCGCACGCCCACAAACCGGACCCCCAUCAAGCCGGCUGGUGUUGAAAUGCACCCCGCGCUGCAUCACGCGAGUACAGCGAAGCCUCUCGACGAAGCCCGCUGGCUCGGUUUCCAAUCGCUCGGAGCUCAUACUGCACCACCCAAGGCAGCUGGUCAUGGUCCAGGCACCCCCUCCAAAACUCCUGCGCCGGCAUCCACAAGCAAUGCGGGAGCAUUGGGCUCAUCGCCAAGCAGCUUCCGCUUCCAAUUCAAGUCACCCUUCUCCAAGGCCACCGAGACGACCGAGACGUCCAAGCGCGGCGACCUCAGCCCGACUACACGCAACAUUCUGAAGGAGCCUACUAUCGCCCGGCCGAAGGCAGAGCCCAAGGGCAAGAUGGCGCGGUUCAGUGACAUCCACAUGGCCCAGUUCAAGAAGAUGGACUCAGUUGCCAAUCACCCUUCAGCUUGGCGCCUCAAGAAGUCGCCCUCGAAGCCUGACCUGCCCAGGCCGGAGACUAACAAGCUCAAGCGCACACAGUCAAAGAUGGAUCUGGCAGACAAGGUUCCGCCAACACCACUAAAGCGCACUCAGUCCAAGGCCGACCUCAUUGGCUCCAGCUUGCCACGUUCACAGUCCACCGUCCGUCUGGUUGCUGCUCAGGAGGGCUCGAACGAUCCAGCGCCAAAGCGUGUCAAGCGUACCGAGGUGGACGAUGCAGCUACCACACGACCAGCGUCUCGGGACAGUAACAUCGAAGCAUCUUCAUCUAAGCUUCCUGUUCCACCACGCAAGAUCACAUCACAGACCGCACUUCCCCGCCUUGCGGCCAGGCUCAUGACACCCACCAAGUCUUCGAUCGCCCGUGCACAGUCACAGACCGUCAAGGCUACAAAGUCCACCUCCAUGAUCCCACAAUCUCCUUCUGCGAGGAACCUGUUCUCUCCAACCCACAUCAGCCGUUCUCUGCGCGACGGCGCGCGAGAGAGCAUGCAGCAGGCGAAGCGGAACCUGCAACAAGUCCGCUCCAUCCUCCGCACCCCCAGCCGCAAGUUUUCCGAUGAUCCCACCAAGAUUGCUGCAGGCACGCACAUGUCCCCGCCACCAGAGUCGGCUUGGGGCAAGGCUCUUCCCGCGAUCCCAGCUACCGCGCCCGCCAAGAAGCACGUGAACUUCAGCAAUAGUACGCUGGCUCGGGCAGCUCCCAACGACCUGACCAAGUCGCCCUCGCCCAUGAAGUUCCGAGCUGGCAGUGAGGUCCCUUCCGGAGCAGUCGUUCAUCCAAGCCUCGAAUUUGAUGUCGAGUACCCAAAGCUCCCUCAAGGCGACGCAUCUCCUACAGCGUCUCCUUCUCGUCGUCUCACAUUCGGUGGAGAAUCUGCAAACCACCCACGCAGCUUCUCCUUCGAGUCAGGUAAGCCUGUGAACUUCGGUCCAACUACGACUGGCACCAUCCGUAUGGUCCGCAAGAGCGAUGCUCCUUCCAUCAUCGAGAGCACGAAACGCAAGCUCGAGACUCUCCAGGAGACGUCAGAUAAGGAGAACGACGAGCGCCUCGAGAACCCUCGCUCCGCCAAGAAAAUGAAGCCGACUCCCACUCCUGCAACGCCUGCAAAGGUUCCUGCGAGCGCAAGCAAAGUGCCUCGCCGUACUCCCGGAAGUGCCAUGAGCAAGUCUAGGCUUGCUUUCCUGGCUACUCCUAAGCGCAACAAGGCUUAA